AGGGGGAGGGGAAGAGGGAGGGGGAAUGGCAGACCUGAGAACUUUGCUGUUGGGGCAGCAGCGGAAGCCGCAGAAGCUGCCGCUGGUGGAUCACAAGGGGCGUUUGAAUGUGGAGACGAGGGGGCUGCCGAAGACGUUUUUGUACUGGGGCGAUUUGUUUCAUACCUUGGUGAACAUGCCAACGCCGCGGUUCGUCGGCAUCCUGCUGCUUAAUUAUUUUUUCUUGUUUGUGGGUUUUGGGGUGCCCUAUUAUUACGACGCGUAUAACAAUAACUGCAUUCCGGGGGUGUUCACUUUCGAUCAUGCGCUGUGGUUCAGCGUGCAGACGUCCAUGACCAUUGGGUAUGGCGGGGAUUUGACACCAGACCCCAGUUGCCGGCUCACGAACAUAAUGGUGGUAGUACAAUCACUGGCGAGUUUGCUGGUGGCGUAUUCGUUGUUGGGUGUGUUUUAUGUAAGAUUUUCGCGGCCUGCGCGGCGGGCGCAGACCAUAAUCUUUAGUCGAUAUUGCACAAUGCACGAGGAAGACGGUGUGCCUGUGAUUUCGCUCCGUAUUGCUAAUAUUCGCAAGCACCAGAUCAUCGAAGCGAAUGUGAGAUUGUUGAUUGGGUUUAAUAAUACGCUUGGGGGGAGUGAUGACGAGACGGUGUUCCAUUUUACGUCGUUGCCAGUGAUCGGGGGUAACCAGGUGUUUUUGGGUUUGCCUUGCACGGUGAAGCAUCCUAUUACAAGCACAAGCCCGUUGUAUGGAAUGAGCAUCACUGAGCUGGAGGACGCAGACUGUGAGCUUUUAGUUCUUUUGGAGGGCGUGGAUGCGUCCACUUCGUGCAAGCUGCAAGCACGCCACUCUUAUUUGCCCAAGGACAUCCGGCAGGAUGUAAUGCACGAGACGAUGGUGUUCAGGUCGCCCAACGGUCGGCGCUGCGUGGAAUUUUCGAAGUUUGAUACUUUGUUGCCGGUAUCUUCUGCGUCACUCAUCACGCGACUAGAUUCCUCUGCACAAUUGCCACCAAUCUCGCAGGCUGCUAGGUAUGCGUUUCUGGCGUCAACUGCUGCUGCCGCUGCCUCUCGUCGUGACGGUGACGGCGAAGCUGACAAUUCCCGCAUGUGGGACUACCUGCAAUCGUCAUCCUCAGACAUCAGGCACAGUGGAGUAGUGACACAUAGAGAUCACAGUGAACGUAGAGACCACAGAGAGCGAUUGCCUAGCCAGCCUCGACGACUCACGAGGACAUUUUCUGGUAACACUUGGCUCGACCAGCCGAAUUGGUAUCCACAAAGCUCCAGCUUGCCUGCGGGGUUGGGCAGAGGCUAUGGGGAGAAUGACUUCUCAACGACGCCCUCAGAGGCAUCGAGUGAGGUUGCAGAGCUUGAACAAAAGUUGGCGGCAGCUGAGUCUCAAAUCCAUGCGUUGAAGCAACAGCUCGUUGAAUUGUCCACCCGGGUGCACCAAGCCCUGGAGCAACCCUCUACGGCUGCUGAUGCAGACAAAGGGACGCUUGUUGCAUUUGCCUCCCAAGCUCUUUCCAUGGCCCUGUCCUCCAAGUAGAACACUUUCAGAGCUUUCAAAGAGAGUCUCAUGCCUGGGGCAGCGCCAAUUGAGCUGCAAUAGCACGCGUUGUCGGAGCCUUACGACCUUAUUGCUCCCGUCAUAACGUGAGUUGCAUAACUGCGCCCUUAUUUGUCAUGCAUGCGAACGGCGAAGAACCUUUUUGUUUCUCUCCAUCCUGGCUCAACAGUUGCCGUAGUGGUCGACCGGAUGCGCACAGCCUCUCGAAGAUCAGUAUUGGGUCAUUAGCCGAGGGCAAUGUUUGCGAACAAGCUAGGUCUUCUCCCGGUGCUCACAACCUCGCUGAUUCUAAAUCUCUGAAAGUUCAAUCCUGCAAUGAACUCGUUCUUGUCACAGGUAUGUGUAAAAGUGCUGAAUUCAGAGACGUUCAUCGUUAUUCGUGAAUCGGAGAUACUUAUUUGUUUGGAACAAACUUCUUUGCAGCUGCUGUUGCUGCCUGAAUGACGAGCAUAGAAGAUUCAUUCCAAUUGUUCUUGGCCAGGAGCUUCCGGGAGUAACCCACAUGCUGGGACCCGAAUGCACAUAAAAUCACACACCAUUGCUCCACAGGGGAGUUUCUCUCGCUCUCUCUCGCAUGUAAUCUUGGAACCUAGAUUCUAUUGGUAUGCUUUCUCUCUUAAUUUUUCUUGUGUCUGGAAGUCCAUUUUACUGGACUGAAAGUAAACACUCUGUUGGAGACUGUAAAUUUUGAGGUUGCUUCACACACUAACGCAACAGCUGCUAUAUAAUCUUAUUGUUCUGGCUUUUCCCACA